GGAAAAUGUAAAAUGGUACCUAUAUAAUUAUAAUAAUUUAUAAGGGUAUGUAUGAAAAAGGUCCAAACCUUUUCUUUUCCCAUGGCUUCUCCUUCAUUCCUCUCUGCUACCCUUCGUCUCUGCGAUCCCCCUUUCAUCCAUCUCUCCAUUAGACCUUUGCUCUCAUUCCAGCUCCAAACCCCCAAAUCUCUCCCGAGAAUCCACGCCGACUCGUCAUCUUCUCUGGAUCUCCCGAAACCUAUCUCUUCCGGCGAGAUCGGAGGAUCGGAGUCUUCAUUGUUAUCAUCCAUCAUGAAUGAUUCCGAGAAGAUGACCUUUGGAGGUUGUUCUAGUGAUUCAAUUGGGAGAAGUGACACUCAAUUGAACUCAUACACCGACGGUACUUCACAACAGAGGAUAUCAAUAAAGAACAAUGUUGGGGAGAUUCUUAUGGGAAUUUUACAUGAAGCUGGUUCGGAUGAUCUUGUCAUUCUGUGCCAUGGAUUUAGAUCCUCAAAGGAGAGCAAGACCAUAGUGAACCUUGCUAAGGCAUUGGUAGAAGAAAGAUUCAGUGUCUACCGCUUUGAUUUUGCUGGAAAUGGCGAAAGUGAAGGCUCAUUUCAGUACGGUAACUAUCGAAGAGAGGUUGAAGAUUUGCGUGCAGUGAUACUAUAUUUUCAGAAACAGAACCGGAAAGUGUGUGCUAUUGCUGGUCAUAGCAAAGGGGGGAAUGUAGUCCUGUUAUAUGCUUCUGUUUAUAACGACAUUCCUCGGGUUGUUAACAUCUCCGGCAGGUUUAAUCUGAAGAGAGGAAUCGAAGAUCGAUUGGGGAAAGAUUACAUGAGAAGAAUCAAAGAAAAUGGAUUCAUCGAUGUUAAGGACAAGUUUGGAGCUUUCCUUUAUAAGGUGACCGAAGAAAGCCUUGUCGAUCGUUUAACUACUGAUUUGCUUACUGCAUGCCUUUCAAUUGAUCAAAAGUGCAGGGUUAUGACAGUUCAUGGUUCAGAUGAUGAUAUUGUACCAUCCGAAGAUGCUUAUGAGUUUGCAAAUCACAUUUUUAUCCACAAGCUUCAUAUUAUAGAGGGGGCUGAUCAUAAAUACAUGACACACCAAGAUCAGUUGGCCAAACUUGUACUGGACUUCGUCAAAUCAGAUUUAAAGGAAGAUGACUCUGCAUAGGAAAUAUUGGCAUUCCAUUUCUUGAUGUUAAUUGCUUGAAUUGAUCGUAUACUUUUUUUCUAUUGUCUUUAAUUUAUUUCCAGUUAAGCUCC